GCCAACAUGGCACGGUGGCUGUUGAAUUCCUGUGUCCUGCUGCUGUUGGCAGUGGGCAGCCUACAGGCUCGCCUGAUCCCUUCGGUGUCCUUGGACGAUGGUCAGUUGGAGACCAAGGGAGUCGCCUUCCUUGCCACUCCCCGUGUGGAUGACAAUAGUGCUGGCAACUAUCGACUGCCGAAUAAUACGUCACCGGAGUCCUAUGAUGUGGAGCUCUGGACGAAUGUUCACAGUGGCGACACUCAAUUUAACGGCACCGUUAAAAUCAAUCUGUAUGUGUCAGAACUGAGCACGGAAAUCAAGCUGCACUACCGCCAAACGUCGAACUUCGUCGCAUCGAUCAUCAGUCGGGACUCGGCCACGGCCACAGCAAUCCCACUCACCGUGACCCCCGAACUGCAGCGCGAAUUCCUCGUCCUUACGCCGACGACCAGUGGCGUGUCCUUUGCGGCUGACACCAACUGGACACUGACCAUCACCUACAAUGGCACUCAUCGCAGCGACAUGGGCGGUUUCUACAUCUCCAGCUACACGGAUGAUGAUGGCCAGCAACACUUCCUGGCCACCACGCAGUUCGAGAGCACCAAUGCCCGUCAUGCCUUCCCCUGUUACGAUGAGCCAGCCCGAAGGGCCAACUUCACAAUCACCAUUCACCAUGAUCCUUCCUACACGGCCGUCAGCAACAUGCCAGUGAAUGAGUCUACCACCAGUUCUGGAGUCACCGUGUUCCAGACCACGCCCAAGAUGUCUACCUAUCUGGUGGCCUUCAUUGUGUCCGAUUUCGAGUCCACCACUGGAGAGCUCAAUGGCCUGCGUCAGAGGGUUUUCUCGCGCAAGGGAAAGCAGGACCAGCAGGAGUGGGCCCUUUGGUCUGGUCUAGUGGUGGAGUCCAGCCUCGCCGGCUACUUCGGAGUUCCCUUCGCCCUGCCCAAGUUGGAUCAGGCCGGAAUUCCGGACUUCUCUGCCGGAGCCAUGGAGAACUGGGGAUUGGCCACUUACCGUGAGCAGUACAUGUGGUGGAACAAGCAAAACUCGACGAUCAACCUGAAGACGAGCAUUGCCAACAUUAUUGGACACGAGUACGCACAUAUGUGGUUCGGCGACCUGGUCUCCGUGAAAUGGUGGACCUAUCUGUGGCUCAAGGAGGGAUUCGCUACCCUCUUCUCGUACGAAUCGAACGAUAUCGCCUUUCCCGAGUGGAACACCUAUCAGAUCUACCAUGUGAGCGACUACAACAGCGCCCUGCUGAACGACGCCCUGGCCUCAGCCGUCCCCAUGACGCACUACGUCCAGACACCCAAUGAGAUCUCCAACCGGUACAACACCUUCUCGUACGCCAAGCCCGCCAGCGUUCUGUACAUGUUCAAGAACGCCUGGACGGACAACGUUUUCCGCACUGGAUUGAACAAGUACCUGACCAAGAACCAAUUCAAUUCCUGCGAUGAGUGGGACCUGUUUGCCUCCUUCCAGGAGUCUGCGAACGAACUGGGUCUUACGCUGCCCACCUCCGUGGACAAUAUCUUCAGCAGCUGGUCCCACCAGGCUGGCUAUCCCCUGCUGACCGUGACCCGUAAUUACGCGGCUGGCACCUUCACCAUCACCCAGAAACGCUACGUGGCGAACGCCACUGAUGGCAACACAGCCACCUGGUAUGUGCCCAUCAACUUUGCCACCGCCUCCAAUCCCGACUACCGCAACACGAAGGCCUCUCACUAUCUGCUCAAUGUGACGGAGACCGUGAUCUCGGACUCCCAGAUUGCCAGCGAUGACUGGCUGCUGUUGAACAUCCAGAAUGCAUUCUACUACCGCACCCUGUACGAUACGCAGAACUAUGGACUGAUUACUGCAGUCUUGAAGUCUCAGCCCUGGAAGAUCCAUCCGCGUAAUCGAGCUCAAUUGUUGUAUGAUGCGUACAUCUUCUUGACCACCGAUCGCGUCAGUCACAGCAUCCUGUUGGAGCUGCUCAGCUAUCUGGAGAACGAGGAUCAGUACGCACCCUGGUCCACUGCCAACACGAUUCUGACAGUCUACGAUCGUUAUUUGCGAGGCGAUGAUGCCUACUACAACUUCCAGACCUUUGUGCAAAAACUGAUCGAUCCCAUCUUCGUUAAAAUCGGAGUGAACGAGAUUCCCGGGGAGCACUAUUUGAACAACUAUCUGCGCAUCGUGCUGGUCAGCUUGGCCUGCCAGGUGGGCUCUGUUGAGUGCUAUAGCCAGUCGGCCACGAAAUUGUCCGAGUACCUUUACAACGGCACCGCCAUCGAGGCCACUUUGAGGACUCAGGCCUACUGCGCCGGUCUGCGAUCCACCACCAAUGUCGUCUACCAGAGGGUGGAGUCGGAUCUGCUGGCCUCCACGGAUGCCACCGAUCGCAGCCUGUUCAUCUCAUCGUUGGGCUGCUCAGGACAGACGACGCAGCUGAAUGAGUUCUUCAACCUUUCCCUGGACUCCACCAACAGUUUGAGCUAUUCGGAGCGCACCUCCCUACUGAACUCGGCCUAUUCCCGCAGCGAAAUCGGUGUCACCGCUAGUUUGGAGUUCCUGGAAACCAGCUGGGAGGCAUACGCCAAGCUUUCGCAGACGACAUCCAAGCCCCUGGAUUUGGCCCUGCGUGGUAUUGCCACAUAUGUGGUCAGUGAGAAGCAGAAGACUAGGCUCAACGCCCUGGUCGAUGUUGUGAAAGCAAGUGGUCCCGAUUAUCUUAACGAUGAUCUGAGCACCACCAUUGACUCCAGAAUUGCAGCGAACUUCGUUUGGCUGGAUACGAACCGUGAUCCUGUGCUCAACUGGAUCUCCGAUUCCUUCAGGGAGAACAGCAGUGCCACCAUCACAUCGUCCUUCUUCACCAUUCUGGCCAGUGCGAUGGCUCUGCUGCUCUUCAAACUAUUUUAGGCUAAGUCAUGUGGUCAAGUAUUAAACAUAAAUUCUGUAAAAUAACAUGAGUCACUAUUAAAGAUUGUGUAUAUAAGAGUUAAAAUAGAAUUGAUAAAACCGAAGUACUGAUGGA